AUCGGCAGCCUCAUGCAUAUGCAGCAGGAGGCGAGUCUAUUUAAAGCCAGUCUUGGCGCCACCGCCGCCUCCUGUCCUGUUCCUCCCCCCCGGCCCUGCCCUCGCUGUCUGCAAAGCCGGAGCCCCAGCAUGUCAGACAAGCUGCCUUACAAAGUCGCUGACAUCAGCCUAGCAGAAUGGGGUCGCAAGGCCAUCGAGAUUGCGGAGAAUGAGAUGCCAGGGCUGAUGAAGAUGCGGGAGAUGUACGCAGCAUCGAAGCCACUGAAAGGAGCGCGUAUCGCAGGCUGCCUUCACAUGACUGUGCAGACCGCAGUUCUGAUAGAUACUCUGGUGGCUCUGGGUGCUGAGGUACAGUGGUCAAGCUGCAACAUUUUCUCCACUCAGGACCAUGCUGCUGCUGCCAUUGCUAAAGCCGGUAUUCCUGUGUUUGCCUGGAAAGGGGAGACCGACGAGGAAUACUUGUGGUGCAUUGAGCAGACCCUCUAUUUCAAGGAUGGGCAGCCGUUGAACAUGAUUUUAGAUGAUGGUGGGGACCUCACCAACCUGGUUCAUACCAAACACCCACAGCUCCUGAAAGGAAUUAAAGGCAUCUCGGAGGAGACAACUACCGGGGUUCACAACCUGUAUAAGAUGAAAGCCAAUGGGAGCCUGAAAGUGCCAGCCAUCAACGUCAAUGAUUCUGUCACCAAGAGUAAAUUCGAUAACCUUUAUGGUUGCCGAGAGUCCCUUAUAGAUGGCAUUAAACGUGCCACGGAUGUCAUGAUUGCUGGGAAAGUGGCCGUCGUGGCAGGCUAUGGUGAUGUCGGCAAAGGUUGUGCUCAAGCCUUGAGAAACUUUGGAGCCAGGGUCAUCAUCACGGAAAUUGAUCCAAUCAACGCGCUGCAGGCAGCCAUGGAAGGUUAUGAGGUUACCACCAUGGAAGAGGCUUGCAAAGAAGGGAACAUCUUUGUCACGACCACUGGAUGCACUGAUAUCGUGCUGGGCAGACACUUCGAGCAGAUGAAGGACGAUUCCAUCGUAUGUAACAUUGGCCACUUUGACGUGGAAGUUGAUGCGAAGUGGCUAAACGAUAACGCGGUGGAGACGGUGAAUGUUAAGCCCCAGGUGGACCGAUAUACAUUGAAGAACGGCCGCCACAUCAUACUUCUAGCAGAAGGCCGACUCGUCAACUUGGGCUGUGCCAUGGGUCACCCCAGCUUUGUUAUGAGCAACUCCUUCACCAAUCAGGUGUUGGCGCAGAUUGAGCUGUGGACCAAUACUGACAAGUAUCCCGUGGGAGUCCAUAUCCUGCCAAAGAAGCUGGAUGAAGCCGUAGCGGCCGCUCAUCUGGAUAAACUGUGCGUGAAGCUGACGAAACUGAGUGACAAGCAGGCCAAGUACCUGGGAUUGCCGAAAGAAGGGCCCUUCAAGCCAGACCACUACAGAUACUGAGCAGCCGGUGCUACCCAAAGAACAAUGUGCAGGGAUAAAAAUCUUCCAAAGCUCUCGCCCGUGUGUUGGGAUUCUGAGAACAAGCCGUUCCCCUUCCCCCUCUCCCCACACACCCACACUCUUAAACAGGCAUGGAGACUCUCUAGUAAAGGCAUCAUCCUCUCUUUGAACCAGUUGUUUAGCUAAUGCAUUAGUCGAGCAGAUCCCAUACACACCCGUAUUGCCUUG